AUGCCGGGCACCUCGGAGCCGGCCUUUAUCUCGCUCGGCAUGGUUGUUCUCGACGAGCUCCGCUUUCCGGACGGGAGGGUUCUCCGCGACGUCCCCGGCGGCUCUGGGUUUUAUAGUACUCUUGGCGCACGCCUUGCGGUCCCGCAGAACGAGUCCGCGACUGUAUGCUGCCUCAUCACCGCAGGGUCUGACUUCCCAACUGCCGUGAGGCGGCAGAUUGAGGGAUGGGGUGUCACGACUCACUAUGAUGAGAUGCCGGACAGGCUAUCGACGAGAGGCCUCUUGGAAUAUGAGAAUGAUGCUUUUGGAAAAAAGACGUUUCAAUACACGACAACACCUCUGCAACCUGAUAUAGGCCGGGUUCCUCAAUCCCUUCUCCAAUCGUCGGUAAUCCACAUCCUGGCAACGCCAGAAGAUCUCGAACGAUAUUUCCAGUCUCUCACAACCUUCCGCGGUGAGAUGAAGACCACUCGGCCCCUGAUCGCAUGGGAGCCCUCACCCAUCAACAUCCACAACCGCGAAGAGGAGCACAUGCGAGCAAUCAGCCUGUCGGACAUUUGCUCACCAAACGACCACGAGCUCUUGCGUAUGAAGGGCAUUGACGAAGCCCCGGGAAUCCCCUACAACAGAGCAUUGAUCGAGCACCACGCCAACAGCCUCUCCAGCGACAAGAAGACAACGGGACGCCCUCCGUCGCACGAGGUGCGGAGGGGACCACGGGUCACGGUCAUAAGGUGCGGCGACCAGGGCUGUCUCACCAUUCCCCGGUGCGGCGAUCCGAUAUGGCUGCCCCCUUUUCACGACUACGGCUCGCCACACGUCGUGGACCCGACGGGCGCCGGCAAUGCCUUUCUCGGCGCCUUUUCAGUUGCUUUCGCGAGGACGGACGACGCCGUGCUCGCCUCAGCGUAUGGAUCCGUGGCGGCCAGCUUCGCUAUUGAGCAGAUUGGUCCGCCUAGGAGGGAGGUAGUCAACGGCAGGGAAUAUUGGAACGGGGAGGCGUUUGAAGACAGGCUGAGGCAAUAUCAGGACAAGGUCGCGACGUGGUCGACCGACGUAGUUUUACGAAGCGAGUGGACUAGAGAGUCUGGGUAUUCAUAG